AUGGCUAAUCAGAUUGAUUUAAAUGAUUUGAUCGAACUGAAUCGUAAACCAUUCAAUUAUCAGCGAUACCUUUAUGGAGUGAUAGGCUUAAGUAAAUCUUUUGAGGACAUACUGAAUUUCAAAAACCACCAAACAUGUGUGAAAGAAGCUGCGCUGUUGGAGCAUUUUGUCAGUGGAUUUUGGUGGGCCAAAGAGAUGAACUUCAAUUCUCAUCAAAUCUCAUUUAUCAUGGCACUUUUACAGCAACUACUUGACAGCAUAAAAAAUAAACAGUCAUCAUUUGCUGAUAAUUUCAAGGCAUUUACCCAAACAGUACUUGCCACCAGACAAUCUCCAUCAACGGAAGCUAAAGCCAGCUUUUUAUUCACCACCGAUCAAAUCAAAGCCAUCACAGAUUACUUCAAGAACAUUCUUUUUCAGCACUUCAGACUAUAUGAUAUACUGUUCACUCAUAGCAGAGAGAAGCAACUCCUGAAAAUAGAGAAAUGCAUUGAGGUGAUCGACCCCGCUGAGUUUGCCGCCCCGCUGGAAGAAGGCAUGCCUGCUGAUCUGUACUUCUAUUACAUGGCUCCCCCACGUGUCCAAACACCUGAGCAGGUCAAAUGUUUCCUUUCCCUUCCAGCCCAGUCCUUGCUGCCGACUUCACAGAGAAGCAUGCGAGUUCAUGAGGAGACCUACAUCUCGAGGCCGACUUCACAGAGAAGCAUGCGAGUGCAUGAGGAGACCUACAUCUCGAGGUUAGAACGACUUCAGAAAGCCUCUUCCGUAUAG